GUCAGUUGAGUUAGAAGCUUCGAUGCGUUCGGUUCGCAAUACCCGAUACCGCGAUAAUCUAAAAAAAACCCGGUUUGGUGCGAUUUUUUUAAACUCGUAACGUCUGCGCACUUAACGAUCCCCAACAAUACGAAAUUCGGAGUGCUAACUGUUCGAGUUUUUUGACAAAAAAAAAAAAAACAAACAUAAUUGUGAGAAAUAAAAAAAAGAAACUUCCACUUGGAUUUACGCAUUUGGAUUUCGUAUUUUGUAGGAAUUAAAGAUCCACGAACAGCUCUAUCACGUGCCGAAGCCACAAGUUGUUGAUAAGUCACUGGGCAAACGGCAAACUACAAACAACAAACACGACCCGAAGACCCAACAAAACUUGUUGAGAGGAACAGUAACCGAAACUGAAACUGAAAUAAACAAACUCAAAACUCAUUUCAUUUGCCUGGAUCGCGUUACGUGGUGCGGUUGGUCUUCGUCUGCCCGCCAAAAAGAAAGUCACGACAGAGAAAGAAAAGAAAAAAGAGUCGAUUGAAACGAGAUUUCCAAGAUUCUGCAACGAAAGUCAAAGUUACAAGUUUACUCCAAAUUCGAGUCUUUUGGGCCCGGUUCAACGUCUUUGCCACAUUCGGGGUCUUCGUCUUCAGACUCCAGUCAUUUUUCGGUGUCUCCCCCGGGUGUCUCGGUGUUGUGCCACUUUAGAAAGUGAAAAUCGAGUGCAGGCCGCGACUUUGUUUGAAUCUGAAUCGGCGGCCUUUGGGCGCUGCAGUUGAAAGUGAAUUUAUUUUCGGGCUGCAAGUGAGUUUUCGAUACACGGCUUUCGGUCGCUCAAUUCAUCAUUAUCGAUCAGUAGCCCCGGGUUUUUCGGCUACUUGAAUCCACUUCAUCCAUCCAACGGCAGGAGGGCCAAAUAUCAGAGCAGCAACAAUGGAGGCCGAGGAAGUUACAAAACUCGUCGAUGGCGUGUACCGGAACAUACUUGAUAGAUUCAAUCCGGGUGCCAGGCAGCUGAUCGCAGCGGGCAAAAGUUACCUCAAGGCGUUGCACGGUGCCGCAACUGCCUCUCGUCUAUUCAAUGAAGCAUUGGCCAAGAUUGCGAUGAACGCCCAGCAAAGCGGAACGGGCGAUAUUGGUUCAGCUUUGAUGAGCGUUGUAAAUGUCAACAAGGAGAUACAGGAUCAGCAAAUGAAUAUUUUGAAAGCCUUCUACGUGGAUCUAUUGGUGCCAUUGGAGACAAAUCUGGAGAAGGACACGAAGGUGGUGCAGCAUGAGCAGAAGAAGUUCCUGCAACAGCACAAGGUGCGUAUGGAGAGCUAUCAGAAGGCCGUCUCCACGAUGAAGAAGCAGCGCAAGAAAAAGGCCACGCCCGAGAAUACCGAAAAGGAGCUGAGGAGCCUGCAAUUGCUUGAGGAUCAGAAGAAGAAGCUGGAUGUGUUUUGCGAUCAGAGCUAUAAGAAUGCCAUGACACAGGAGCGUCGACGUUACGGAUUCGUCUUGGAGCGCCAGUGCUCGAUCGCCAAGCACUGGAUGGCCUACCACACCACCGGCAAGACGGUAAUUGAUAAUAAUUUCGAAAAUUGGCAAGAGAUUGCCGCUUCUCGUGAGAUCAUUCCACCGGCCGCGUAUGAAAGUGGCUACAGCAGCAGCAAUGGCCACAAUAACAGCAGCAACAACAACAACAUCAACAACGGGAACAUGCGCCGCCUGGAACGGAUUAAGGAUGGAGAGGACGAUCACCUCCAGGGUCACGGAGCCCAGCUGAAGAAGUCGCGUAGCAUUGAUGCACCCUAUGGUGAUAUGCGCACCCUACACGAGCGGGAGAACAUCUCCGGAAUGGGCGUUACUGGACCCUCGCAUUAUGCCCAAAACUCGCUGCCACGUGCCAAAUCGGACUUCAAUCUGGCUUUAGUUGGCACUGGACAAAGCUCAGGCAACAAACACAAGAUCAUCGAGGAGCAGUUGACCACUUUGGGUGAUGAUCAGCGCGGCGAUCAGCGUCCUUUGGUGAAGGCCCUUUAUGCAUACAUGCCAUCUGGGGAGAAUCAAUUGUCGUUCGAGGAGGGCGACCGCAUUGCCCUGGUCGGCGGCAAGGCCAAGGGCUGGCAAUUUGGCGAGAAUCUGAGGACACAGCAUUUUGGAUGGUUCCCGGUGGCCUAUACCAAUGCGGAUGUCGCCGAAGCGACCACAUCAGGCGGUCGGCGAUACGAAAACAUGCUGAUGAGCUAUGAGCGUAAUGGAGGCGGAUCUGGAUCAGGCUCUGGCGGAGGAGGUCUGCGAAGCUAUCAGCAACAGCAGCAGGAUUACGAGGCACAGUUGGAGCUGAUGGAGAGCCAUGAGGCAACUUACCGGAGACGAAGAAACCAUUCCGCUGAAGAGUCAUCGCCCACACGAAUGUUCGGUGAUACUAUCAAGCAGCAGAAGAAGUACCGUCCGGGCUCUGCAGCCAACCCACGCCCGGGUCCACCACCCACACUGCCAGCUCCGGUGCCAAAUGGACCGCAGAGUCAGUCCUCCUCUAGGAUGUUGAACAGCUCGCAAAGCUUCUGUGCCUCCAACGGAGGAGUCACUGCGGCAGUGGAAAGACGCAAGCAAAAGCUGCUAAAUGGAGUCCAGAGCUCCAAGAACCAUCCUUCAGGCAAGACCGGGGUGGCUGCCAAGACCUCUCUGCACAGCAGCAAUGACAGUGGAUUCGCCAAUGAGCCACCACCACAGCCGGAAGUUGAUUAUUCUGAUGAGGAACCAGCCACACAACGAGUACCCAUCCGACGCAGGGCGGAUACCAAUUCCCAUACGAACACGGUGCCCCGGGAUGUGGCAUCUUGGACGUUGAAUCGUAAUUUCCGGAAUAGCGUUGACAGUCAAAUCGAUGACAAGAGCCUUCAUCGUUUGAGCCGGCAGAGCGGAGGAGGAAUUGGAAAGAUGCGUUACGAUCUUAUUGCUUCCGAUGACGAGAUAUUGCAGGCUUCUAGUGCUGGUCUGAAGCGCACCAAAUCCUUCUGGAAGUUCGGUGGCGGACGAAGCGGCGAGGAUAUCCUAGCCGGCAUGUCCUUGUGGCAGCACCGCGAUCUGGUGGCAGCUCCAAAUAUGGAGGAGAUGCGCGAUCGUGAUGAAAUUGAACGGCGUUCUGAAGAGGAUCGCAAUGGCACACUUACCAAGUCGCAUAACUCCAGUUCCUCGCAGGAGAAGCGCGAACGCAAGGAUAGCCUAACCAGUACGGAACUCUAUGGAGAUGAGGAUGAGAAUAUCUACGGGGUGAGUCCACAACAGCCACCGCAGCAGCAGCAGCAACAGCAACAUAGAAGCAGCUAUACCCCCAAGUCCCGCAUGAAGAUCAUGAAGACCAUAGAGAUAGACAUUGAGGAGCCAACGGAGGCGGAGCGGAUGAGCACCAUGCGACGUGGUCAGUCGCAGGAUCAACAGCUGCAGCAGCAGCAGCAACACCGAAAGUUGGACAAACAGGUAUCGGGCACAGGAUCACAGCACAAGUCCCAGACUUUGAGUCGCUCCAAGCCCAGCCAGCAGCAGCAACUGCAGCAGUUUCCACAAUCCACGGACGAAGGUGAAAGCGAUGAACAUGGAACCCUGAAGCUCAGCGAUGUUAACAACUUCUUUGAUGUCGAGGGCAAGAGCAAUAACCAUGGUCAUGGACUGGUUAUGAAGACGGUGAAGCGACAGGAUAUACUCAAGCAGUACUAUACCAGCGAGGAUGAGGAGGAAUCUGAUGCGGAGCUCAAGUCGACCAGUUCUGAUCCCUACGAUUGCAUCGUUAUCAAUGAUCAUCUGGUGCGCAAGGAUGACAAGUUGCGUCGUCAUCAUCAGCAACAGCAUCAGCAAAUGGAGUUCCACACAUUCCGAUCCUCCACAUCCACGACGGCAACCAAUACGCUGAAGAAGGGCUCAUCAAAGGAGCAGGACAGCACUUUGACCCGCAAUUCAACGGCCAGUUCGGGAGCACCAACGGCCACCAUUUUGCCGCGAACACGCCUCCUCAAGUCCUCCGCCUCCGCUAGUAAUAAUAUCAGUAACAGCAGUGCCACCUUGGAGCGGAACUCGAAGAGUCUGGCCGGUAACAAGAGCUACGGGCCAUGGUACGACUUCUGGGAUCAGGAACAGCAUGGCCAGAAGUCAGCGAGUGCCAAGAUGAAGUAGGAUAUAAUGGGUUAGGAAUUGGUGCGAGUGCGAAUUAAUACAAGAGUUUCGCCGUCUUCUUACCGGUUAAGAAAAUGAGCAGAGAGUGUGUGAAAGGAAAGUGCAGCUGGGAAAUAUCCGUCAUCCCAAAACCCCUUCCCACUGUACCCUCCUUCGUUUGAUUUAAGCAUUAUAUUUACCCUGUAUAAUUUAGUUUUAGUAGUCUCUAAGACGAUUUCUGUUUUGUUUGUUUAUGUACAUAUCUUAUUUUAAUUUUAAAAGCUAUUUAAAUUUUUGUAUUUCUGCCGACGACGAACAAUCCAUGCAUUUGAACAUGCCAGAGGAAACUUUAUAGACCAAGGACCUCUCCAUUGAACAUUCUAUCCCUUGAGUUUUGGUGCCUGCAUUCAUAUCCAUACAAUUUUGAUUUUUAAACUUCAUUUAAGACAAAGCUUAAGCUUAAUUUUAGACGGAAUAAUGCAAAUGUAAAUUGGUUUUCUAGCAGGCGCGGUAUUUACCGCAACUAUUCCAUAGAUUACUGACCUCUAGCGAGUCCGUGUAUCCCAGCUAGCCCCACCAUUCCCCCUAGUAGGUUGUAUUUCCAGCUGUAAGUAGAGGUCCCACGGAUUAGGGAUCACAUUCUCAAAUGGACAAGUCCUUGAUUUUUGCAGAGCCUCUCAGUUCGCCACGGUUAAGUUGCGACACACCAAGACCAACGACCGAUCGGCACCUAUGAUCUAUCGGAGUGUGAACAAGUAGCAACGACAGCGGAAGGUGGAGUUUUCCCUGUGACCAAUGUCCGGUUACUGGAUAAACCGAAAGCUCCAGCCACCACCACCAUCACAAUCUUAUUCAGACCAAACACAAAUUAACGCAAUCUAUACAAAUCACACGUUUUAUAUAGCGCAUAUACAGUUUUAAAGGCAUUAUCAGUUAGAUCCUCCAGUUGCUUCUGGGCCCUGGAUAUUUGGUAGUCAUUAAGUCGUACUGUUUGUUAAACAUUCUGUUUGUAUGUACUCUAUGUUAAAGUUCGAAAUGUAUAUUCAAAUGCCUAAUGAAUAAAAAACCUUAUAAAGUUCA